AUGUCGAAAAGGCUCUUGGGACAUAACACCACCCCUUCCACUUCCGAUACUGGUAGGAAUCUCACUAGCUUUAGCCGCAGAGCAGAGGAACAAAAAGACCAGGUUUCAAGGUUGUAUGAGCUUGGACUACUCAGCGACUCGGAUAAAAGAUCCAGGAGACGAGAGAGAGACAAGGUCAAGGAUUUGUCUAGUGGAGCCCGCGUUGCAGGAUCCCAUCCCAAAAAGGAUAAUCAAAAAGUUCUUGAACAUACUCGUGGGAUUUCAGAUACGUCGUUCUCUUCGGUUUCCCCUCUAGCCAGUAAGGCGAAUCGUGAUUUCAAACAACGAGCUGGUGGUGGAAUGUCAGGAAUGUUGGACACGGAUAGAACUCGUAACAGGAGGGAGAGGACGUUUGUUGGCAGCGAAUGUUCUGUGUGUGAAGAGCCAUUGGAACAUACCCUUCGAGGCGAACGAAUACUACAAUUUUCCUGCGGCCAUGUCUCCCAUGAGGCAUGUUUCUACGAAUACAUCAAGGAAAGCGACGCUCAAUAUUGCCCAACUUGCAAUGCGCCCUUAGGUCUGGAUACGAGUCGAGGAGGCAAUGUUCUUGACAUUGGUAAGACUUUCAAAAGUAGUGAGAAGCUAAGUAGUAUUGUGCGUUCAGUUUCGGCCAGCGACCAGUCCGCGAGAUCAACACCCACACCCUCGAAUUGGGAAUCCCAAACCGUACGACCACCCAGUCGCGAAUCCAAUGCUCGAACUACGAGAACAAGAGCGAACAGCCAGGAUACCCACAUUAGAGACAAUAGCAGAGAUAAUGGUAGCAACAGAGAUAGUAGGGAUAGUCGAGAGCGCAUGGAUAGAUACGCACAACCAUCGAGAAUCUCGCACCAAAGGAACGAUAGCGAAAAUGCUCCAUCGUCUGUUGGAUAUCCAGAGACUGCAACAAGCGGCCCACCUCGCCGCCAUGACUACGAUGUGCAAGCGUUGGAAUCGAAUCUUAUAAGCCCUCGAGCAAGUGUUACAAGAAACCCCAUACCAGCACCGGUUGUUAGCAUUCGUUCAGAGUUUCCAACCUUGAACAGGUCCAGACAGCAACAAACUUUGACUUGUCUUAUCACAAUCGAGGUUCCGGACACUAAAUGGCGACCCGACCCAGAUGAUAUUCGAGGUGCCCCUCCACUACCCAACAUUCGACCUGAAGAUACCUAUGCUCGACCCCCAUCUCCAGCCCAGAGCGCACCACGUUUCUACCCCUAUGAAUCUCCAGAGGUUUUGGACGAAAUCACUGAAGGUUUACGAGUCCGGGUUGAAAAUUGGCAUGGCCUUGAUUUUAAUAGGUUUGGAAAAUUACGAUUGUAUGGAACUAUUCGAGUUGGAAAAGACAGGCAAUCUUGGCAGGAACUGGAAUGUUUCUUGUUCGCAGAAAUGCUUAUCUGCGUAAAGGAAAAGAAGAUUUCAUCAUCACAACCUUGGGAUGAAUCCAACGGCGUUCGCAAAAGUACCCGAUGCACACUCAAAGGUUCAAUAUUAAUCAAAAAGCACUUAAACGAGGUGACUGAAUCAGGAUCUGGUAAUUCUCUUGGACAAACCGAAAAAAUCACCGCAGCUAACUUACGCCCUACUGAAGAUAACAACAUAUUGACCUUGAGUCUGUCAGUGGCCGAACUCCCAUCAUUUCAUCUCAAGUUCGAUAAUCGCAAUCAGCUCAAAUUGUGGCAACAGGCUUUAUUGGACCUAAACGCUAUCGAGGGAUCUCCCGCACGAAGUCCAGAUUACGAUCUCUCAGAACCAGAAGAAGAAGAAUGGAAUCGCGAUUCCACAGGUCUCCAGCGAGUUUCAGUUGCUUCCUCGGGGUACGGACCUAGAUCCGCGGCCACUGCACAGGCAGAGUACGCAAGUAGCCCUAGAGGUCUACGGCUACCAGCUGCAAUACACGUUCCUGUUGAUAUUGUGGUUGUGAUUCCAAUAUCUUCUUCGAUGCAAGGUGUCAAGAUUACUCUUGUAAGAGAUGCAUUGAAAUUUAUGGUUUCCAACCUGGGAGAUCGUGAUCGUAUGGGUUUGGUCACAUUUGGUUCUAGUGGCGGUGCAGCACCACUUGUAGGGAUGACUAGUAGAACAUGGAAUGGAUGGCAGCAAACUUUGGCGUCGAUCAGACCAGUUGGACAAAAGAGUCAUCGAGCAGAUGUUGUGGAGGGUGCAAACGUGGCGAUGGAUCUUCUCAUGCAACGGAGGUCGAAUAAUCCAAUUGCUACGAUUCUUUUGAUUAGUGACUCGUCGACAUCUGAUGCGGAGAGCGUGGAUUUUGUGGUAUCAAGAGCUGAGGCGGCUAAGAUUGCCGUUCACUCUUUCGGACUCGGUAUGACACAUAAGCCAGACACCAUGAUUGAAUUAUCAACGCGAACCAAAGCUUCUUACACAUACGUCAAAGAUUGGAUGAUGUUGCGAGAAUGUCUUGCAGGUUGUCUUGGAUCUCUUCAAACAAUGUCACAUCAAAAUGUGAAAUUAAAGCUUAGACUUCCCGAGGGAUCGCCAGCUAAAUUUGUUAAGAUUAGCGGGGCUUUACAGAUCACUAAGCGUGCAACAGGUAAAGACGCCGAGGCAUCUUUGGGGGAUUUGAGAUUUGGCGAUAAGAGGGAUAUUUUAGUGCAGCUAGUUAUUGCUCCCGAUAAUGCUUCUCAGGAACAACUCGCUCAGGAUCCAUGGGACUCUAUAGUUUCUGGUCUUGAGGCUCUUGGUGGGUCACUUGAUCAAGAAGAUCAACGAGUCGUAUCAAUAGAGGAAGUUCCUCUGAUCCAAGCUGAUCUCACCUGGGGAGACAUCCUCAGAGAUGGAACACUUGCUCAUCUACCCCGCCCUUCACUCUUAGCAAUCACGAUGCUUCCUGCCCCAACAAACCAGAAGAAGCACACGACUUGGAAUAGCGCACCGCCCAUUCCACCCCACCCAAGCGUCGUUCAACGACGUAUGGAACUUCUCACCUCGGACAUGCUUACACGCGCUCUCACAUUGGUUUCUCGCGGUCAGCACGAUCGCGCACAACAUCUUUUGAGCGAGACGCGAUCGAUCCUGAAAGGAUUAGGAAAAGGUGGUCUACCACCUAUCCCGCCACCACCUUCUAAAUCCCCAAGUCACAAUCUCUCAUCCCGCACGGGUUCCUCAUCGCCUACGAAUCGUACUCCCGAUAGACGACGUACCCCUUCCCCAACAUCUGCUACGACAAUGACCUCAAAUCAUACUCUGGGUCCGAUUCCUCGACAUCGAUCAAAUGAUGCGCUUUCGGCUGUUGUUACGGCACCAGGUAUCGAUCCCAAUACUGUUGCGGCCCUUGAUGCGGAGUUGGAGGCUAGUCUCGAAUGGAUCAAUCACCCUGCUGUAUUUGGCCGGGAUAGCAGAAAAGCCGUACUGCAAGCUAUUGGAGUGAUUAGUAGUCAGCGCGGAUAUACAUUCCGCACUACGGUGGAAAGUCUCUGGGCAGGUCGCGUGAGCGGGAUCAAGAGAAUGACGGACCGCAGUCGGGAAUGGAGAGAAGAAGGAGGAGGCGAGGUGGGGAUCAUGGAAGAGAGUUAA